AUCUUCUCUCUCUUCCUUUCCAAAAAAUAGGAGCCAACCCCCCUUUUCACCCCCAACACCCAAAAGACAAACAUCACUAUGAAUAAAAAACACACUCCAUUUUCACCACCACCUUCUUCUUCGUCUUCUUCUUUUUCUUCUUCUUCUUCUUCAGUCUCUUCUCCUUCUUCUUCCAUUCUUUUUCAUUUUCUUCAUAUUUUCUUUCCUGAUCCACUAUGGUACUUUUCUCAAUUAAGAAACAAACACCUCGUUCACCUUCUUACGUCUUCCCUUCGAUAAUUGGUCUCGCCCUCUUCUCCCUCACCGCACUCCUCCUCCUCUAUAAGGUUGACGACGUCGUUUCGAGGACCGGAACCGUCGCGGGUCACAACCUAGAACCGACUCCAUGGCACGUGUUCCCUAUGAAGUCGUUUCCAGAAGAGACGCGCCAGAGCCGCGCGUACAGAAUCAUCCAAUGCUCCUACCUCACCUGCCGCUACUCCUCUUCCACCCACGAACGACGCCGUUUCGAGGCGGCUAACGGUGCUUCCUCCUCCCCGAAGUGCCCUGACUUCUUCAGCGCGAUCCGGCGGGACCUCGAGCCGUGGAAGAAGACGGGGAUCUCAGAAAGACACGUGGCGGAAGCUCAGAAGCUCGCAGCUUUUCGGGUUGUGAUUGUGGGUGGGAAAUUGUACGUGGAUUGGUACUAUGCUUGUGUUCAGAGUAGGGCAAUGUUCACGAUUUGGGGAAUAUUGCAGCUUCUGAAAAGGUACCCCGGGUUGGUGCCUGAUGUGGAUUUGAUGUUUGAUUGCAUGGAUAAGCCUACGAUUCUCAAGGCUGAGCACCAGAAUUUUCCUUUGCCACUAUUUCGGUAUUGCACAACAAAGGAGCACCUUGAUAUUCCUUUCCCUGAUUGGUCUUUUUGGGGAUGGUCAGAGAUAAACAUUUUACCCUGGCAGGAGCAGUUUGCAGAUAUCAAGGUAGGUUCUAAAAAAGUAAGUUGGAGGAACAAGAUUCCGCAGGCAUACUGGAGAGGAAAUCCAGAUGUUGCAUCCCCUAUUCGUACUGAGUUACUGAACUGUAAUGAUUCAAGUAAGUGGGGAGCAACAAUCAUGCGUCAGGAUUGGGGAGAAGCUGCAAGACGUGGCUUUAAGGAGUCAAAACUUUCAAAGCAGUGUAACCACCGGUAUAAGAUAUAUGCUGAAGGGUAUGCAUGGUCAGUAAGUCUGAAAUAUAUCCUCUCAUGUGGUUGUGUUACACUAAUUAUAUCACCCCAGUAUGAAGACUUUUUCAGUCGUGGCCUUAUUCCAAAACAUAACUACUGGCUUGUUGAUCCUCAAGAUCUAUGUCCAUCUAUAAAGCAAGCAGUAGACUGGGGAAAUGAACAUCCAGAUGAGGCUGAGGCUAUCGGGAGAAGAGGGCAGGAUUUCAUGGAAAGCUUGAAUAUGGAUCGAAUUUAUGACUACAUGUUUCACCUUCUUUCGGAAUACUCGAAACUUCUACAGUUCAAGCCUACUCCCCCAUCUUCUUCCUUGGAAGUUUGUGUGGAUUCUGUGCUUUGCUUCGCAGAUGAGAAGCAGAGAGGAUUCCUUAAUAGAUCAAGUACGUUUGCUUCACAAAGCCUUCCAUGCACUCUCAAACCUGCCUAGAGAGUAAUCUCAGUCACCUGUUGUUUUCUGCCAAAAAAUACCACACAAAAGUAUGGAACAUCCAGUUACAAGAAGUUACAUUGAAUUAGCUAUAUACCACGGUUAGUGAUAUUGCUGGUAUCAAAAGAAAAGUAAGUAUAUCAUGUAAAUUUAUAGUGCCUUAUAGUAGUUCAUCAUUUGCAUGGCUUAGCUUUUGUAAUAGGUCAUUGCAUAUUUGGAUUAUAUGAUUCAUUUGAGAGAAAAAAAAUCACGGGAAUUCUUAUUAUUUCAUUUUAUUUUCCGGUCAUCUUACUUUUUCCCA